AUGAGAGACACAACAUUUAAGAGUUUCCCCUGGCAACCGGAACGAAAACAGUCGUUUCACUUUGGCCUCAAGGGAAACUCAAAGGCGGAGCAACUUCGCGUUGUCGGCGGCUCGCCAUGGAAACCGCCCGAAGCUAUAAAAGGUCUCUUCCCAGCCACGGGAUCCAUUCUUCUCUUGUUUUUGCACUUUUCCGUCUUCUCCUCUGAUUUCAGUACGAUUUCUGAAAGAUAUUGAGAAUCUUUUUUCUUAACUUCUUUGGAAGUUCGAGAUCCUUUCAGCGCCUAUGGAGUUACGGAAACAUUCUUUCAAGGCUUUUCGGAAUUUGAAAGAAAUUGCAACGAAAAGGAAAUCGAGCGUUGUACUUUGUUCUCUAGAUCUCCAAACGAGUGGAGACGGAAAUUAUAAAGCUUCCGAAGUGAAGUCGUUAUUUUUCCAGUCGUCCUCGAACAGUUAGAAAGCAGAUCAGAAUAUAUUAUAGUUUAAAAGCGAUUUUCUCAGUCUCAAUAACUCAUCUAAAGGUUAAUAUACUUUUUAAAGCGAAGUUUAUCUCGGUGCUUUUUUCAUUGUUCAAGGCUCUUUAACAGGGCCCUUCAAAUAAGCUUCAGCUCCUUUUCAGCGAAAAUGAGUGAGAACAACGGCGACGAGCAAAUUCGCGAGGAGGACGCGACUCCCGACUACACCAAGUACGACGAAGACAGCGUGCCAAUCGAGGAGAGGGUGAGAGACACAAAUACCGAAGCUCCAAAGAACGCAAUCAUCCUUGCAGCCGAUCAAGAAGACCCACGAAGGCCGUCCCGACCUCGACUACGACGACACUCCGGUCGGACCGGCUCCGGAAGGCGACGCCAACGACUCGCAGCAAAAUGACAACUGA